AUGAUAUGCAUAACGUGCAUGCAACAUGUAGAUUCUCUUUAUACAGUGUACUCAAAUGACCAUAUACAGUUAACAGAUUGUCCAUUUUGCGAAGAGAUCGUGGAUAAAUAUGUCGAAAUUGACAACGUCCUACUAUUCAUCGAUUUAUUAUUAUUAAAACCAGGUGCAUAUAGACACCUGGUAUUCAAUUCUUUGGAAUUGCAUCUCUCCAAAUAUCCCAAGGGAAAACCGGUUAAUGAUUGCCAAUGUUUGCUUGAUUAUACGGAAGCGUUAGUGUUUAACAUCAAGAACUGGUUUCGAAAAUAUGACAGAUUAAACCGUCUGUGGCUUCUAUUACUAUCAUUCGAGAUUUAUUUAACAUGGGUUACUGAGGAGAGUAAGUACAUCUACUAUUUGAACCGUAACAAUGAUGAUAGUAACCUUAUCAUGCUUUCAAUGAAAUUGCCAGAAAGCUUCAAAUGGGACUCGACAAUUGUGCGUAACACCAUCACAAGUAAAGUAUUUACUUGGAGACCACCAAUACAAUAUCUUUACUUCGCGAGUUAUUGUAUUCUUGACGUUUCUUUAUUUCACACAUUAAUUCAGUACUUCAUACUAAAAAAACUGCAUUGGGGGCGAAAUUUUGCUUCUUCGAAGGAUAUCAUAUCAUACACGAUUCUGUUAUCGUACGGCGCCAAAAUUUUUCCUAUUUUGAUGUUGAUAUGGCCUUAUGAUACUCUGAUUUCAAUGAGCAUCAUUAAGUGGGUGGCCAAUUUCUAUAUUAUCGAAUCGUUAAAGAUUGUUACAAAACUCUCCUAUUGGAAUAUCAUAAAAAUUUUUAUAAGUGUGGCUCUUUUACGUUACUGCUUGGUCAAACCAACGCUUAUACUUUGCGUGGCAAAAUUCAAACUUUCAGCUAUCAAGAAUUUAAUGUAUCAGGAGUUUAUGUUGCUGCUACAGAAAUCAGGAACAUAUCUGUUUUUGUAA